GGAUCAUUCCCCCAUGCAGAGUGAACGAGCUCUCUGGUGCAUUUACAACAACAAAGGAGUGUCAAAGUUUUGAAGACCCUCACAGCUAGCUGGCUUUAUAAUAUUGUAUCAUAUUGAUGCAGACUCCAAAUAUAUGUUCGAUUGUCAAACUACCGAACAAGUCUGGUCAAUGCAGGGAAUGAUGAGAUUGGGAAGGAUUGGUCUGCACAGUUGGAAUUGAUGGCCAUUGUAGGCGCGUGACUCAAAGAUGAUCCGGAUUGCAGCACUAAAUGCAGCCUCAGCCGCAGCGGAUGAGUCUGAAGACCCUCUGAAAACUAAAAAGAGUCGAACUAAGGAGGCUCAGGAAGCAGAGGCAUUUGCUUUGUAUCAUAAAGCAUUAGAUCUUCAAAAGCAUGACAAGUUUGAGGAGUCUGCCAAGGCUUAUCAUGAACUCCUCAAAACCCCAUUGCUCAAAGAGGCAAUGCCCUCGGACGACCAAAAGGUGGGUCUUAAGCAUCCAGGGCUGAUGCUGAAAUACUCUACCUUCAAAAACCUGGCUAGUUUGGCUGCGCUGCGGGAUGAUUUGGAGACAGCCAUGGAAUUUUACUUGGAGGCUGUGAUGCUGGAUUCCACAGAUGUGAACAUGUGGUACAAGAUUGGUCAGGUGGCUGUGCGACUGCUGCGCAUUCCUUUGGCGCGGCAUGCCUUUGAGGAGGGUCUGCAAUGUAACCCAGACCACUGGCCCUGUCUGGAUAACCUCAUAACUGUUCUCUACACACUCAGUGACUACAGCUGCUGUUUGUAUUUCAUCUGCAAAGCCCUGGAAAAGGAUCAUUGUUACACCAAAGGGCUGGUGUUGAAGGAGAAGAUCUUUGAAGAACAGCCUUGUCUGAAGAGGGACUCCAUGCAAAUGUUCCUGAAGUGUGACAUGUCCAUUCACUAUGUGGAGGUGGAUGAGGAGGAGACCCAGGCCAUUGUGGAGGAGGCGAUGGAUCUGCGACGGCGCAGGCAGGCUCUCUCUGCCCGGGAACCCAAACCAGACCUGGUCCUAAUCCAACCCAUCCGCUGUUUCUCGUGGAAGAAUGUUGGAGAGAGCCUCCUUGCCAUGUACAGACAUCAGACCACCUGCGAGCCGCCACGCCCAAGCCUGGGCCGCAGAAUUGACCUGUCCCAGUACCGCGACCCCAACUGCCUCCGGGCCUUGCCUCCUGAGCCCUGCCCUCCUGUCAGUGACAUUCAGACCAUCCCCAGCAGCAGCCCCAGCUCCUCCCUGCCUCCACUUCCUGUCCCUGAGCCAUCAGCACUGUCCCAGCCCAGCCCUCUGGUUCAGAUCACACAGAGCCAGACGGUAGAGGUCACUACAACUACAGCCCCCUCUGUUGCUAUGGAAACCUCCUUCACUGUGAAGGAGAAGGAGAAGAAGGCCCCUAAGAGGAGACGCACAAUGGAGGACAGCGGAGACACUGCCAAGCGCCGCUCAGCUCGGGUCAGAAACACCAAGUGCAAGAAGGAGGAGAAGAUCGACUUCCAGGAGCUGCUUUUCAAAUACCUACCAUCCAGACUAAAGAAGUUUGACCUUGAGGAUGAUGACGAGAGCCUGAGUAACCUGGAAGCUCAGUGUGAAGUUAAUGAGGACUCCCAGCUGGACUAUGUCAACAUCGACAGGCUUUUAGACUCUAUUGACUACAUGGAAUCAGAACAAGAGGAUGUCCACAACUUCCUGCUCAAUAAUAUGAGCAAUGGUGGGAUAUUAGAGUUGAUGAUGUGCUAUCUGAAAGCGGUGGGUCAGAAUUUCAUGGUGGAGUGGCCUCGGGGGCUGACUGCAGUGGUGCUGGAGGUGUAUCACAGCUGGAGGAAGCACAGUAGCGGCCUGCCCAACCCUCUGCUCCGCGACUGCAGUAAUCAACACAUACGGGAAAUGUUUCUGAUGAGCCUAUCAUGUAUGGAGCUUCAGUUGGAGCAAUGGUCUCACAGCAAAGGCAAAAAUGGGUCGCCGAGAAAGUGCAGUGGGGGCCAGAGCAGUGUUGUGUGUGAAGCAGAGUUCCCAGGGCAGCACUUUGAGGGGGACCUGUUACAGCUGGCCUUGGGAUCAUCACAGCGGUACUUGUUUGAGGACAACUGGAGGGCCGUGGUGGUACGUGUUUACUGGCUCAAGGCACGCUUCUUGGCCCUGCAGGGAGACAUGGACCAGGCCCUGGAGAGCUAUGAUGUGUGUACAGACAUGCUGCAGAGUCGUGCACGGACCACAGAUGACAAGUACACCAUCUACCUGCCCAACCUGCGUGUGGAUGCAGCCAUCUCAGUGGAGGAGAUUGAUAAGAAGCUGAAGUCUCUGGAGCGUUGUCAGUCCCUGGAGGAGAUCCAGCGUCUGUUUGAGUCUGGGGACUAUGAGUCUGUGGUGCGGCUGCUGCAGCCCACCCUCAGCUAUGGCUCUGGGCGGGUCAAGCCUCUGGAGUUUGUCAGCUCUGUUCCUGAGAGGCCUGCCCAGCUGCUUCUGCUGCAGAACUCCCUGUUGAAGCAGAAGGACUACCGUCAGUGUCUGGAGUGCACCGAGGUGGCCCUGAAUGAAGCCCUGCAGCAGCUCAAUGCUGUCCCAGCCAGCUCUCACUCGGCCAAAGAGGAAUGGGUCUCCACCAUCACAACGCUGCUGGGAGGCAUCGAGGUCUGCUUCACAGAGGACCUUCAACUCCUGAGCAACGUCAACCGCUACACCAGCAUGGCCCGGCUGGCCAACAACCUCAUCCAGCUGAUUGACUGCAUCAUGGUGAUCCCAGAUGAUCCCAAGGAGCCUAAUUUCUCCUCGGUCCUGCCCUGGAUUCUCCUGUACCACAUCAUCAAGCACGAGGAGGCUGCUUUCAACUGCCUGCUUCGCCAGCACAUAUCAGUAGGGGACGAUGAAGAAGACUCUAACACCCCCAUGCUGCCCUCCUCCCUGAUGCUGCUCAACACGGCGCAUGAGUAUCUGGGCCGCCGCUCCUGGUGCUGCAAAUCAGACGGCGCUCUGCUUAAGUUCUAUGUUUGUGUUCUGGAGAAAGAGCUGGCUGCCUCUGAAGCGGAGGCCACCCAUCCCUACAAAGAGGAGUUGGAGAUGGCCUUGGAGCAGUGCUUCUACUGCCUCUACGCCUACCCCAGCAAGAAGAGCAAGGCCCGCUACCUAGAGGAGCACUCUGCUCAACAGGUGGAACUCCUGUGGAGCAGCGCCCUCUUCAUGUUCCAGUACUUCAAGCCCAAGACUCUGCCUGAGUUUGACAGCUACAAGACGAGCACGGUGUCUGCUGACCUUGCCAACCUGCUGAAGAGGAUCUCUGGCAUUGUGCCCCGAAGUGACACUCCCAUCCUCACCAUGGACGAGGUGUCAGCCUACAUCGAGGGCACGGCUGGGAAGGAGCCAGUACCUUGCCUUCCUGAGGGGGGCGCUCCAGCACCCCCUGUGGUCAAUGAGAUCUUCUACCUCCUGGCUGACUACCACUUCAAGAACAAGGAGCAGUCCAAGGCCAUCAAGUUCUAUAUGCAUGACAUCUGUGUUUGUCCAAACAGGUUUGACUCCUGGGCUGGCAUGGCACUGGCGAGGGCCAGCCGCAUCCAGGACAAGCUCAACUCCAACGAGCUGAAGAGCGAUGGCCCCAUUUGGAAGCACUCCCUGGCUGUGCUCAACUGCUUUAAGAGGGCCCUGGAGAUCAACAGCUCCAACCUGGCUCUGUGGAUCGAGUACGGCACCAUGUCCUAUGCCCUGCACUCCUUCGCCUCGCGUCAAGUCAAACAGUGGAGGAGCGAGCUGCCCCCUGAGGUUGUCAAACAGAUGGAGGAGAGGAGAGAUACAAUGCUGGAGACGUCGUCCCAGUGUUUCCAAGGGGCGUCUCGGUGUGAGGGGGAUAGUGAUGAGGAAGAGUGGCUUAUCCAUUACAUGCUGGGGAAGAUAGCUGAGAAACGAAAGCAGCCACCCCGGGAAUACGUCCAGCUCUACAAACAGGCAGCACAUUAUCUGCAUGAGGAGGCUGCCAGAUACCCUCGGAAAAUACACUACCACAAUCCCCCUGACUUGGCUAUGGAGGCCCUGGAGCUGUACUUCCGUCUGAGUGCCACCAUCCUAAAGUUGUUGGAGGCUGAGGAACCGGACCUGGAGCAUGAGAUCUUCUUCAACAUCCUGGCUGAGGCAGCCACCGGACCCUUCGCCAGGGGGGAAGAGAAGAGCAUGCCCAGGUCCCACGAAAAGGAGAAGCCCCUCUUCAUGAUGGACGAGGACUCCCACUGCUCUGUGUCGUCUGUGUGCGCUGCGGCGGAUGUUCAUGGGGCCUCCCUCCCCUCCAACGCUGCAGGUCUGACAUCCCCACCUUACACGGCCACUCCGGUUGACCACGAUUACGUCAAACGUAAAACCCUCAGGAGGCAGCAGCAGACGUGGCAGCAGCAGCAUGAGGAGGAGCAGCAGGCUGAUGGUACAGUCCCAGUCCUAGACGCUGCCUCUGGGCCUCUGGGCCCUUCCUUCACUGGCCUGGCCACCCCAGAACUUGACCAUGAUUACUGCCUGCCCAGGUCUCCAAUGUGGCUGGCAUCCCUGAAUGAGCGCAGUCAGGACAGUGUGGUGGUGAUGCUGUCUGACUCCAACUCCACCCAGGAUGCCUUCACAGACCCCGCCAGCUCCCAGGACAGUAGCCAUGUUAAGCUGCAGUCUCAGUCUGGGAAGGGCAGUACGUCUUCCUCUGAGAACACCACCCCCAUCAAGGAGGGCCAGCCUACAGUUGAAGACACAGGCUCACAUGGGGGAGGAAGCAACGAGGGCGGGACUGUAAUCUUGCUGGAGGACAAAGAACAAGUCCAAGAAGUAGAAGACACCAUGUCAGUGACAGUACCUGAGGCUGAUGCCCGAAAGACGACCAUAGAUCCCUGCCCUCAUGCACUGCCUGUUCCAUCCACCCCACCAAAGGCCUCGUCCACUCCCCAGGUCACCCCCCAAACCCCCACUCCUCAGGCCACCCCCCCAGACUCCUGCCAGCGAUGGGAAGAGCCGACACCAGAGGUGGCCGAGCCCCCUCCAGAGGUUGUGGAGGUGCCCAAGGCCCUCCCUGCUGAGCGGACAGAGCAGCGCCACAUGCUGGUGGAGAUGUGUGUCCGUGCUCUCUUCCUCUGCCUGAGCCGCUUCCCUCAGCACUACAAGAGCCUCUAUCGCCUGGCCUUCUUCUACACCAACAGCAAGACCCAACAGAAUCUGCGGUGGGCACGAGAUGUGUUGCUAGGAAGCAGUGUCCCAUGGCAACAGCUGAAGCACAUGCCAGCACAAGGACUUUUCUGCGAGAGGAACAAGACAAACCUGUUCAAUGGCAUCUGGCGUAUUCCAGUGGAUGAGAUUGAUCGGCCCGGCAGUUUUGCAUCUCAUAUGAACAGAUCCAUCGUUCUCUUGCUGGAGGUGCUGUCUCAGCUGAAGGACCACGACACACUGCUCAAAGUCUCUUUCAUGCUCCAGAGAACCCCUGACCAGGGAAAGAAGUAUUUGCGGGAUGUGGAUCGUCAGGUUUUGGCCCAGAGAGCAUUUUUCCUAGCUGUAAAAGUCCUGGAGGACAAUCUGAACAAACUCACAGGGGUGUCGGCACAGCCUUCCAUGGAUGAGAUGACGACCACGGACACGUCCAACAGGCCCAGCGCAGAGGACCGCAGUCAAGCACUGCCUAAGAAGCCGGGGCUCACUGAGGGGACCCAGGUCAAUGCCCCAGGUCCUGACUCUGGGCUGCAGGAGACCCCUCAGGCACAGCCAGCCCUGCUCACCGCAGACGGAGACAGGGGGGAUCAGCAGCAGGAAACUCCAUGUGGGAAGGUGGAGUCUGCUGCAGGGGAGGGGGCCAGAGCAGGGCCAGAGGAGCCUAUGGAGCUGGACACUGGCCACUGGGGGCGUCCCUCCAAGACCACAGACUCUCAGGGCAUCCAACCAGACACUGAGCCCCCCAGAACUGUGUUGGAGCCUGGGGAGAAAGUGACUGUGAGCAGCCGGGCACCAGAGCUUUCUUUGGAAGACCUGAGCAUCAGCUCCAGACAGCAGCAGCUCCAGGGCCCGGUAGUUAAGGGCCCAGUGUCAGCCAGUGGAGCAGAGCUGGGACAAGCCCAGGGGCCGCUACGCAGGCCCAGCAGGAAGAGGAAGCUCCUGGAUGACGUAGAGUCAGGCAAAACUCUUCUGAUGGAUGCCUACCGGGCGUGGCAGCAGGGCCAGAAGGUCGUGACCUACAACCUGGGGCGCAUUGAGAAAAUCAUGUCAGAGACAUACAUGCACAUUAAGCAGGUGGACGAGGAUGUGGCGCUGGACCAAGCAGUGAAGUUCUGCCAGAUACAGAUGGCCACGUCAGCACAACGACAGUCUGCCAGUGAUGCCCCGACAACACCUAAGUACUCCAAGGAGCACCGCGACAUCUUCUUCCCUGCCUCUCUGCCCACCCCGGUCCUGCUCAGUCACGCUGCCUGCCACCCCCUGUCUGUCCAGGAUAGCCAAGCCAAACUCCAGUACGAGCCCCUUGGCAAGGUGCCCAGACCUCCAGCCAGCGGCUCCCACGAGCACUGUCAGCCCCAGCACAGGAGAGCCCCCCUGCCUAUCCACCCUGCUUCAACUAUGGCCUUCCACCCCCAAACAGAGGAACGUGAGGAGCCCCCAGAGGGACUGUCCUACAGACAGCAGGAGUCUCAUCUUUGCCAACAAAUGAAGUUGGCCACUGUGUCCCCAGGGCAGGAGGCUGCAGGCUGGUACCAUGACGAGCCCGCUUCCUGUAGUGCCACACAACCCUGCUCAGACCAGCAGCUGUAUGGCAGCAGUGAGCAGUCCAAGAUUUCGGACCCUAGUCGUAUCCGCUCACGCAUCCCCCCCAACAUGCCAAAGCUCUUCAUCCCCUCCACUGUCACCAAGUUCCCCCCUGAGAUCACCGUCACCCCGCCUACUCCCACCCUGCUCUCCCCCAAAGGAAGUAUCUCAGAGGAAACCAAGCAGAGACUCAAGAACGUGAUCCUGUCCUCCCAGUCGGCGGCCACAGUGAAGAAGGAGACGCUGAGCCAGCCGGCCCUGGAGGUGCAGGAGACCUCUAGCCAGGAGUCCUCUCUGGAGAGUGAAUCAGACGAUGGGGAUGAGGAGGAUGAUUACAUGGACAUCUGAGCCACUGCUACAAGACUGAACAAACCCUGGCCAUUCCUUCGAGCUAGACCUGACUACCAUCAAACCCCUCCACUUCCUCCCUUGUCUUGAAACGAUGGAAUGGUACAUGUCACUGCAGCUAGUGUCUCUGUGUUGGUGCAGUUGGUCUAUCUUGUAAUUUCAAGCUGUCUUAAUGGAAAAAAGCUCUUGAAGUGAAAAUGUGCAAAUGCGCAAUGUUCUGCUCUUGACACUGGAUGACUGGGGAUGUUUUUCGUUUAACAGCAAUUUUGCAAAGUGCCAUUUACACUUAUCACACCUGUCAGCUAACCAAGCUCUCCAUGGUCUUUCACAUGAAAAGGUGUAGAAUGAUGAUCUACGCUUACUGUAAGUUAAGUGGUCAGAAUUGGUGGUGGAUUGUUGCUAUGCAGACACAUUCUUAGCAUGCAAUGCAGACACAUUCUUAGCAUGCAAUGCAGUUGGCAUCCUUGGCUGUGAUUUAUACAUCUUGCACAGGUAAUGGGGCCUAACUAGAAUUUGGCCUGCUUUUACUGUAUGUUUCAACUGCAGCUAAGUCCUUGUUGUUGGGAUGCAACAUCCCACACAGGUCCUUCAACAUGAUGAAAUGUGCCAUGGCAACAUAUCACAGGUGCCAGCCAACUUCUAUCCAUACACAUUGAUAUAAGAAUCUGAACGGCAAGAAAUCCACAUUUGUAUGUGACCUGCAUUUUCAUGGACACUAAGAUUUACUGAGGACUGCAAACCAGAGUUUUAUAUAGGGCUCCUAAAGCAAUGUUGAGGACCCUACUUCUCCAAAGCCUAAUAACCUGUAGCAGAUUGGAUAUGUUUACACUUCCCAGUGGGAUGUCUUUGAUUUGUCUCUUGUUCAUGUUCUAUUUUUGUACUCAACUGUCUUAUAUCAAGUCUUGUUUGAUUUUGUCCUUUUGUUUCUCUGUGGAUUUGUAGCUUGGAGGACCCUUCUUUACCAGGAAGAGGUCCUGUCACCAGCAUUGCUGAGAAUAAUAGACAAAGUGAUGUUUUGGAUUAGUCUGAAUUAGCUUUUGUAAAUAUCACACUUAAAACAUAUUCUCAAAUGAAGCAACUCUUACGUGGUCCGGGUGUUUAUUUAGCGUUGGGGUCAAGUGUGAAUGUUCCUAAUUCAGCGGAAAUGCCUUGGUAAAUAUGUUUAAAUUCUAUGUCAACUCAGAGGACGACAAUAGAAUGUUUUUUUUUUUUACAGAUUGUUUCUAUAAAAAGGAUAUUUACCAUAUGUUUCUUGUAAAUUGUCUUUAGAAGACUUUUUAAAAGGAAGAAAUUAUCAACAAAUAAUUGUAAAGGACAUCACCCGAACAAGUCUUGCUUGACUACCUACCUGUAAAUGGAUGUUUGUAUUUUUUGGUGUAAAAUACUGUUUUGUAUUUCUGCUGCUGAGCUUCUUAUGGGAAUGUAUAAUGGCUGAGAGGUUUUUCUUCCUUAAACCUUGGCACAGGCUGGGGAGUUGUUGUUCUUUACAUAUUAACUUGCCACAUUAAAGAUGUCACAAACCAAAAAUAUACGUGAUACGCUCUUA